AUGGCAGCAGCGAGUAACAUCCCGCGGGAUAUUCAAGAAAGCAUCAGGGAAAUCUUAGACAAACAUGUUAAAGUAUCUUUCAAGCGACUUGUUAAGAUGGAAAUCAGACCUGACAAGAUGGAGAGCCGAAUUUUGGCGCUGUCACCUUGCCGAUUAUUCCUACUGACUGCAAAGGUGCCUUCCAAGCUGGAAUGCAGCUUCCAUUUUCUGGACAUACAAGCAAUUGAAAGCAAAAAGCCAAACCAGCUGAUUUUGAUUGUUGAAGGAAAGACGUAUACUUUUAUCUCAGUGGAGGCAAACUCUGAUGAUAUGGAUCAUAUAAUUACACACAUUGGAACAAGCCUCAAGCAGAUAUUUCCUUCAUUUCCUUUAGAGCGCCUGAUUGUAAAAAUUGAUGUCCAACCUGGGGAGAGACUAAAAACUAUGACUGACAUGAUAAAAAGUGCUGAAACAAAAGAGCUGGCUCCUUGUGGUGGGUUUACCAUGAUGUACCAGUGCAUGUGUGAUUAUUACAGCCUUCCAUUCAGAGACGAAGUGGCAUGGGAUGUGGACACCAUAUACCAUUCCCAUGAUUCCAGAGAACUACGUCUACAAGAUUUUGAUCACUUAAGUGGAAAGGAACUGGUGCCAAUUAUUGGAGCUCUAGAACACAAUGCCUGGUUCAAGCGUCUGAAUGCCAGCAAUGUCAAACUGACAGGGGAAGCUUGCAAUGAGAUCAUCAAAGUCAUGAAACGGAAUGCUGUCUUAGAGGAGAUCAGUCUGAGCAACACUGGAAUCAAAACAGAAUUUGUGCAGAAGUUUGCAUUAGCCAUCCUCUCCAACAGUGGUAGUCAACUGACUAGUUUGGACCUUUCCAACAAUUUGUUAGAAGACAAAGCCAUCUUUCAUCUCUUGGGGACCAUCAAAUUAUUACCAUGUGGUUUGACCAGCUUCGAUGUCUCAAAGACAGGAAUUACAACUCGUUGUUUAAACAGGGUUGGUGAGGUGUUUCUGCAAGCUCCCACUGUUUUGGCUGGUUUGAACAGUUUGAAAAUUAAUGACAACGGUUUCAAGGGAGAUGACUUUCCAAUGUUGUAUACUUGUUUGGCUCAACCCAAUGCUAUAACUUAUCUUGAUGUAUCUUUCACUGACUGUGCUUUAGAUGCUCUCUGUGAUCCACUUCUGAGAGGUUGUCCCAACCUGGCAACAUUGAAGGCUUCGCGGACUGUGUUUACGCACAAGAAGAACAAAGAUGUCAAUGUGCCCAUGUCAUGGAAGCAUUUGUUCUCCUCCAUGUGCUGCCUGGAGCAUCUAGAUUUGUCCAGCUGCAGAUUGCCUGUAGAGGCCCUCAAGGACCUGAUGUUGGGCUUGUCAAGCAAUCGAAACAUCAAAGGAGUUUACUUAGAUCUGAGCAGUAAUGAGUUUGGUGUAGCUGGUGCCAAUGUCCUGGCAUCCUGUAUUGCUUCAGUGAUGUCCAUCAAAGGCCUAGACAUCAGCAAUAAUGGUUUUGAUAUUGAUCUGAAAGGCUUGCUGCCAGAAAUAGCCAAGAAUUCACAUCUGAAACAUUUGUCUAUUGGACGAAACUUUGCCAACAUCAAACCCAAGCAUAUGCCUGAUGUGAUGGAUGCAGUCACACUUUUGCUGCAGGAAGAAUCCUCGGGUCUGGAGUCCUUAUCACUGGCAGACUCUAAACUGAGGGCAGACACUACGUACGUCAUCAAUGCUCUAGGCAGCAAUAAUUCUCUGCAAGAAAUCGACAUCAG